GCUCCUGGCUGUCCGGCUGUUGUGCUAUGCUGGCUAAUCGUGUAUUCUUGCCGACCCUGCUAGCAGUAGCCAGUGCUGGUGCUUUCGUGGUCCCGUACCCUCGAAUGUCUGAAAUGAUGACAGAGUCGAGCCGGUCCAGCAGGCAUCAAGCAGCAGGUCCUGCCGAAGAUGCAGGUGGUGCCGUCAAAGCGCAAGGGAUCGGCCUUGAAGGACUGGGUGCGGUAGCCUCGCAGUACGAUGCCUUUUUCAUUGACCAGUGGGGUGUCAUGCACGACGGGAAGACGCCAUACCCAGGCGCCGUGGACUGCAUUGAUCGCUUAAGCAAAGCGGGCAAGAAAAUUGUCCUGCUGAGCAAUUCCUCCAAGCGGAAAGGGGCCGCGCUGCGCAAUCUGGAAAGGAUGGGAUUCUCCACGGGUGCUAUUCUAGACGUAGUGACAAGUGGACAGAUUGCGUGGGAUGGGCUGCAGGAUCGAGUGGAGGAGCCGUUCAAGUCUCUCGGGGCAAAGUGCCUCGUGUUCGGCAACGGCGACGACGACCUAGAGUAUGUGUCCAGCUGCGGCUGUACGUUGGCGGAGGCACAAGACGCCGACUUCAUCCUCGCCAGGGGGUCUUUCGUAGUUGCCGACUCCAAUGGGACUAGGCGCUAUUCCCCUACGGUCAUGACCGGGGAAGGCAAGGAGGAAACACACAAAGCGAUGAGGCUCAUGCUGGAGAGAGGGGCACCCAUGCUAGUCACCAACCCAGAUUUUCUGCGGCCUGGCACAAACGAUCCAAUGCCGGGGUUGAUCGGAAAAGCCUACGCCGAGAUGGGUGGCAUGGUGCACUACAUCGGCAAGCCGCACCCAGCGGUGUACCAGGCGUGUUUCCAAGCUCUCGCUACCGCCAAGGAGAGUGCGCCCCCCGCCGGUGCUCCGACUAGAGCCAAGAUUGUUGCAGUGGGAGACUCUCUUCCGCAUGAUAUCCUCGGGGCGCUUCGGGCACAACUGUCUUCCGUUUUCGUGGCAGGAGGGGUGCAUUUCGACGAGUUGGGGGUGGAGCAGGGGGGUGCGGGUGUUCCUAGCGACGAGGCGUAUUCGGCGGCGUUUUCAAAGCAUUUGGAAGGGGAGGGCACGCCAACGCACGUCAUGCCGGCCUUUCGGUGGUGACAUGAAAAAACACCGUACAAUACACGAUGUCGGUGUUAGAGUAGGAGCUACGCCCAGCUGCCCUUGAUAAAUGCAGCCGCCCCUGAUUGGAAGGUAAAUUCUGGGCCUGUACUGUUAACGUAGCGGAGGGCAGUCAGGGUUUACUGUUCAUGUUUGUGUGUGUAAUGUAAUGGUUUGAGUGCUACACGCGCGGUUGACAUUGUCUCUCGUGGAAGUGGGAACAACAAAUUUAAAUUUUUUCCUAUAAAGGGUGGAUGGUUUCUUGCUAUCCUUACCGUAUCACCAUUGAGGGAGGUAUCGAAAGUAGAGUUUGCUGCUGGUCGUGGCGGUAUCCCUUUGGAGGACACGACGGCGACUGCAGCAUUCUGCGUUGUACGGGCAAAUAGGGGUGACUCCUUUCUCAAGAAUCAAGUAUGGCUACAACAAUCGCAGCAACCUUGUAAACUACUUCAUAAGUACAUGCAGAACAGGACGCUUUCGUCGCAGAUAUUAUCCAUUUAGACACAGAGUAAUUUUGGGAUCACACCAGAGACACCAAUUUAUCCACGAACCGUUCUUGUACUCCCGUGGCACAAUAUGCCACUUCAAUCUCUAUUCAUACAGCAGAACUUCCAAUUAAUACAAAGCUACAAAAUAAAAAGGGGGCACAUGGGGCAAGACGGUACGCACGGUUGACACAUACAGGUGCCAACAAUUCCUUUUUGCUCAACGACAGCACCGUCACAUCAGAUGCACAUGGUGAACGCACGUGCAAAUUAAUACCAUCGCUUUUCUACCAGCGGCCAAGGGGUGUCUCAUGUGUAGCCUUACACCCCUAAACUGACGACCCCAGAAGGUGGUGGCAGUUGAGAAAUGGCCCUCAUGUACAUUUCGGGUCGGCGGCAAGCGUACAAUGUAUGGGGGACAAACGCAGUACGGUCAAAUCGUUCGCUCUCCGAUGCCGUCAUGUCAUCAUCCCGCUGCUGCUGCUGCU